CCACAAGUUCUAGAGGAUGAUUUCCUCGAAUGCUUCAGGAUAAUUGUCCUCGGGCUUGUCCACGGUGUUCAGGGUUUCCUGCCUCUGAUCAGACAAGGCUCGAUCAAGAAGGCCAUCAAUCAUUCGUCCGCUAUGUCGGAUCUGGAAUUUAUUAAUCAAGCAGAGAUCCCAAUGGCCGGUCCAUAUUCAGCCAGUAAGGCAUCUGCAAACGUCGUCAUGGCGAAGUAUAGCUCUGCGCUUAGGGAGGAAGGAAUUUUAUUUCUCUCGAUCAGCCCAGGAUAUGUAAUAACUGAAAUUGAACCUAGCCGGUACUGCGAAGUUGAUCCGACUGAGUCUCAAGGAAUGCGAGACAAGUUCGCGAGCCACGUGCCACAUUUCACUCGUCCUCUGACACCUGAAGAAUCUGUAACUGCAUGUUGA